AUGGUAUCUAUCGUUGAUUCUGUAAACCAUAAUAAUAUUCAGCAAAACGAUCAAUCGGCGUAUAUUAGUCAAAAAGAUUUUAUUUUUCGUGAUUCUAAUAACACCUCUUGGGCCAAUGCCCUUCCUCCAAAACAAGGUCUUUAUGAUCCAGAUUAUGAAAAAGAUUCAUGUGGUGUCGGUUUUAUCGUUCAUAUUAGAGGUGCUCCUUCUCACAAGAUCCUUAGUGAUGCCAGAGAUGUUCUCUGUAACAUGACUCAUAGAGGCGCCGUAGGAUCUGAUGCUAGAGAUGGUGAUGGAGCUGGUGUCAUGACCGGAAUUCCUCACGAAUUUUUUCAUCAGGAAACUACUAGAUUGGGUAUUCAUUUACCUCCUCAAGGUCAAUAUGCUGUUGGUAACGUGUUCUUUAAACCUGAACAUGCCGUUACCGAAGAAUGUAAACAGAUUUUUGAACAGACCGCCAAAAGUUUAAGCCUAAAAGUUUUGGGUUGGCGUGAAGUUCCAAAGAAUGAUUCUAUUCUUGGUCCCGCUGCGAAGUCUCGGGAACCAAUCAUUUUACAACCUUUUGUUUCUUUGGCGAGUUAUGAUCCUGUUGCUUCUUCAAACAAUUCUCUUCCUUCUCCAAAUGAUGAUAAUUUCGAUGAAGCUUAUUUUUCUCGUCAACUUUAUAUUCUUCGCAAGCAAACCACUCAUGCUAUUACCGUUAAGAAAUGGUUUUAUAUUUGUUCCCUUUCAAACAAAAAUAUUAUAUAUAAGGGUCAAUUGGCUCCUGUACAAGUCUACAAUUAUUUUCACGAUUUAAAUAAUGUGGCAUAUAAAACCCAUUUUGCUCUGGUUCAUUCUCGUUUCUCUACAAAUACUUUUCCUUCUUGGGAUCGUGCUCAACCUAUGCGUUGGUGUGCCCAUAAUGGUGAAAUUAAUACUUUGAGAGGAAACAAAAAUUGGAUGCGUGCUCGUGAAGGAAUUAUGAAAUCUGAUUCUUUCGGUGCAGAUCUUGACUUAUUAUAUCCUAUUAUAGAGGAAGGUGGCUCUGAUUCUGCUGCUUUUGAUAACGUACUUGAAUUACUUGUUAUUAAUGGUGUCGUCACUCUUCCUGAGGCUGUUAUGAUGAUGAUUCCUGAAGCUUGGCAAAAUAAUUUUGCUAUGGAACCUGAAAAACGUGCUUUUUAUCAAUGGGCCGCUUGUCUUAUGGAACCCUGGGAUGGCCCUGCUUUAUUUACUUUCUCUGAUGGUCGUUAUUGUGGUGCUAGUUUAGACCGAAAUGGUCUUCGUCCUUGUCGUGUUUAUAUUACCACUGAUGACUUAAUGAUUUGUGCUUCUGAAGUGGGUACUAUUGGUAUUGAACCUGAACGUAUUGUCAAAAAAGGUCGUUUACAACCUGGAAAAAUGUUAUUGGUUGAUACUGAAGAAGGUCGUGUUGUAGAUGAUAAAGAAUUAAAAUUAUCGGUUGCCUCUAAAGCAAAUUUUCGUGCUUGGUUAGAUAAAAAUAUGAUUACUCUUGAUAAUAUAAUUGAUAGAAUAAAAUCUACUGGUAAUGGAAUUUCGUUUGAAUUAGAUGAUAUACCUGUAUCUGAUGAUCCAAGAUUACACGCUUUCGGUUAUACUAUCGAACAAUUAAAUCUUUUAGUUUUGCCCAUGUUGAGUGAUGGUAAAGAAGCACUAGGUUCUAUGGGCAAUGAUGCACCUUUGGCUUGUCUAUCCGAUCAACCACGUUUAAUUUAUGAUUAUUUCCGUCAACUAUUUGCUCAAGUAACAAAUCCACCAAUAGAUCCUAUUCGUGAAGAGAUUGUCAUGUCUCUUGAAUGUUAUGUUGGACCGGAAGGCAACAUCUUAGAAAUCGAUGAACAACAAACUUGUAGACUUUCUUUACCAACUCCUAUACUUUCAAUUGAUCAAUUGAACGCGAUCAAGUGUAUGGAACGCGUUCAACCGGAUUGGACUGUUGCUACAAUUGAUAUUACUUUCCCUAAACAAGAAGGUAUUCCUGGUUAUCUUCUUGCUUUGGAACGUAUUUGUUCCGAAGUUUCUCAAGCUAUUACUGCAGGUUACAAAGUUGUCAUUCUUUCUGAUACGGCCGUAAAUGCCGAACGCGUCGCAAUCUCUUCCUUAAUCGCUGUUGGUGGCGUUCAUCAUCAUCUUGUUAGAAUUAGACAACGUUCAAGGAUUGCCCUCAUAGUUGAGACUGCUGAAGCACGUGAAGUCCAUCAUAUUUGCGUCUUAUUAGGUUAUGGUGCUGAUGCUAUUUGUCCAUACCUUGUCAUGGAAGCUAUUUUUAAACUUAAACGUGAAAAUGCUAUCAAGAGUGAUUUAUCUUCUGAGAAAAUUAUUUAUAAUUAUAAGAAGGCUAUAAAUAACGGUAUUCUCAAAGUUAUGUCAAAAAUGGGAAUAUCAACUUUACAAAGUUAUAAAGGUGCCCAAAUUUUUGAAGCACUCGGUAUAGAUGAGAGUGUUAUUGCUCGUUGUUUUGCCGGAACUUCUAGUUAUCCUACACGUGAUACAAUUAUUCCUCGAGGUUUACCAGAAUCCGGUGAAUAUCAUUGGAGAGAUGGUGGUGAGCCUCAUAUUAAUGAUCCGGUUGGUAUUGCUAAUCUUCAAGAUGCAGUCCGUUCAAAAAAUAAAUCGGCUUAUGAUGCUUAUGCUCGUAACGCUUACGAUCAAAUAAAAAAUUGUACUUUACGCGGACUUUUGGACUUUGAUUUUGAUAAUUCAAAAGCUAUUCCGCUAGAUCAAGUUGAACCUUGGACUGAAAUUGUUAAAAGGUUUUGUACUGGUGCCAUGUCUUAUGGUUCAAUAUCAAAAGAAUCUCAUUCUACUUUAGCUUUAGCUAUGAAUAGUCUGGGUGGUAAAUCAAAUACUGGUGAAGGUGGUGAAGAUCCUGAUCGUUCAAAACCUUUACCAAAUGGUGGUUCUAUGCGUUCUGCCAUUAAGCAGGUCGCUUCUGGACGUUUUGGUGUCACUUCCUAUUACCUUACUGACGCAGAUGAGUUACAAAUUAAAAUGGCUCAAGGUGCAAAACCUGGUGAAGGUGGUGAAUUGCCAGGGCAUAAAGUUUCUGACGCUAUAGGGAAAACAAGAAAAUCUACUCCCGGCGUCGGUUUAAUUAGUCCACCUCCUCAUCACGAUAUUUAUUCUAUUGAAGAUUUGAAACAACUUAUUUAUGAUCUUAAAUGCUCAAAUCCUCGUUCUCGUGUAUCUGUCAAAUUAGUAUCAGAAGUUGGUGUCGGUAUUGUCGCUUCUGGAGUCGCGAAAGCGAAAGCAGACCAUAUAUUAAUUUCUGGUCAUGAUGGUGGUACUGGUGCUUCUCGAUGGACGAGUAUUAAAUACGCUGGUUUACCUUGGGAAUUGGGUCUUGCCGAAACACAUCAAACUCUUGUAUUGAAUGAUCUUCGUGGUCGUGUCAUUGUCCAAACUGAUGGACAACUUCGAACUGGACGUGAUGUAGCAAUUGCUUGUUUGUUGGGUGCUGAAGAGUGGGGUUUUGCAACCGCUCCGUUGAUCGCUAUUGGUUGUAUAAUGAUGCGAAAAUGUCAUUUGAACACUUGCCCAGUUGGUAUUGCUACUCAAGAUCCUGAACUUCGUAAAAAAUUUGAUGGUCAACCCGAACAUGUAAUAAACUUCUUUUAUUAUGUGGCCGAGGAGUUUAGGCAAAUCAUGGCCAAACUUGGCUUCCGAAAAAUUAACGACAUGGUCGGCCGUACCGAUAAACUUAAAGUUAAUGAAUCUUUACGAAAUGCAAAGACUGCAAAUAUCGAUCUUACUCCAAUUUUAACACCAGCAUUCACCUUGCGUCCUGGAGUUGCUACUCAUAAUGUCUUAAAACAAGAUCAUAAACUUUAUGUUAGAUUAGAUAAUAAACUUAUUGACGAAUCAGAACCUGCGUUGAAAAAGAAAGAAAAAGUUGACAUUACCUGCGAGAUUCUUAAUACUGAUCGUGCGCUCGGUACUACAUUAUCUAAUCAUAUAUCUAAAACACAUGGUGAACAAGGUUUACCCGAUGGUACUGUUCAUGUAAAACUUAAGGGUUCUGCAGGUCAAUCAUUUGGUGCUUUUUUGGCCUCUGGUGUCACUUUAGAAUUAGAAGGUGAUGCAAAUGAUUAUGUGGGUAAGGGUCUUUCUGGUGGCCGUAUUAUAGUCUAUCCUCCAAAAGUUUCAACUUUCAAGUCCGAAGAAAAUAUUAUUGUGGGAAAUGUUUGUUUGUACGGUGCAACUUCUGGUCAAGCUUUCUUCAGAGGAAUUGCUGCUGAACGUUUCUGCGUACGUAAUUCUGGUGCCAUUUCUGUUGUUGAAGGUGUUGGUGAUCACGGUUGUGAGUAUAUGACCGGUGGUCGUGUUGUAGUAUUAGGUCCAACAGGACGUAACUUUGCUGCUGGUAUGAGUGGAGGUAUAGCUUAUGUCUUGGAUAUUUCACAAGAUUUUAAAACUAGAUGUAAUACAGAAAUGGUUGAUUUAGAAACCGUAAAUGAUCCACAAGAAAUUACGUUCUUACGUAAUUUAAUAGAAGAUCAUAGUCAUUAUACUAAUUCAGAAAUAGCUGAUCGUGUAUUGAAAAACUUUAAUCAAAUACUUCCACGCUUCGUUAAAGUUAUGCCAGUAGAUUAUAAAAUUGCUUUGGAAAAACAAAACCGGUUGGCAGAAGAAGCUCAAAAAGAAAAAGAACAACCGUUACCGCAAAUUUCUGUAAAGGAAGCUGAACCAUCGGUCGUUGAUAUUGAAGAUUCUAUGGUUGAUGAAGAAUUAGCCAAGAAGAAGCUUGAUAAAAUUCGUGGAUUCAUGAAAUAUAAACGAAAAGUCGAUAAUUAUCGAAAUCCUGCUACACGUGUCAAAGAUUGGAAUGAAAUUAAUGCCCGACUAAGCGAGCCACGACUUAAAGUUCAAGCAGCUCGUUGUAUGGAUUGUGGAGUUCCAUUUUGUCAAUCUGAUUCUGGAUGUCCAAUUGGAAAUAUUAUUCCAAAAUGGAAUGACCUUGUAUAUAAGAAUCAAUGGUAUGAUGCUCUAAAUAGGUUAAUGAUGACGAACAAUUUUCCCGAAUUUACCGGUCGAGUAUGUCCAGCUCCAUGUGAAGGUGCAUGUGUCUUAGGAAUAAAUGAAUUACCUGUUAGUAUUAAGUCUAUCGAAUGUGCUAUUAUCGACAAAGGAUUUGAAAUGGGUUGGAUAGUUCCUACUCCACCAGCAAUUCGCACUGGAAAGAAAGUUGCUAUUAUCGGAUCAGGCCCAGCCGGACUCUCCGCUGCAGAUCAAUUAAACAAAGCUGGUCAUACUGUUACUGUUUAUGAUCGUAAUGACAGAUUUGGUGGACUUUUAAUGUAUGGUAUCCCUAAUAUGAAACUUGACAAAAAAGUAGUACAAAGAAGAAUUGAUCUUUUAGCCGCAGAAGGAAUUAAGUUCGUGGCAAAUGCUCAUGUUGGAGUAAAUGUUGAUGCGACAAAAGUCAAAUUAGAAAAUGACGCAUUGGUUGUAGCUACUGGAGCAACUUGGCCAAGAGAUUUACCUAUACCGAAUAGAAAUUUGGAUGGUAUUCACUUUGCUAUGGAAUACCUACAACUUAAUACACAAAGUCUUUUGGAUUCAAAUCUUCAGAAUAACAAAUAUAUUGAUGCAAAAGACAAACAUGUUGUUGUUAUUGGUGGUGGUGAUACUGGAUGUGACUGUAUUGGCACUGCUUUACGUCACGGUGCAAAAUCUAUUGUAAACUUUGAACUCUUGCCAGAACCACCCGCAAAAAGAGCUGCUGAUAAUCCUUGGCCACAAUUCCCGCGGGUAUUUAAGCUUGACUAUGGUCAUACGGAACGUGAAAAGCUUUUGACUUUUUUUAUUGUAUAUUUUAGCGUGCUAUCUAAAGAGUUUGUAUCGGAUGGUAAUGGGAAAGUGAAAGGUAUAAAUACAAUUCGAGUAGAUUGGUCUAAAAACGAGUCAGGGCGCUGGGUAAUGAAAGAAGUAGCAGGAACUGAACAGUUUUUCCAAGCCGAUUUAGUAUUUUUGGCAAUGGGAUUUUUAGGUCCUGAAGAUAAACUACUUAAUAGUUUAGGACUAAAAAUCGAUCAGCGAAAAAAUAUUGAAACUCCAAAAGGCAAAUAUUCGACUGCAGCCCCUGGAAUUUUUGCAGCAGGAGAUUGCAGGCGAGGACAAAGUUUGAUAGUGUGGGGAAUUAACGAAGGCCGACAAGCAGCACGUGAAGUUGACCAAUAUUUAAUGGGUAAUACAAUACUUCCCGUGUCAGGCGGAAUUAGACAGCGCACGAUUGAGUCUUUGACACAAAAGACGAAUCCUG